ACCUCCCACUUUCCGGCUGUUCCCGGAACCCACUGCUCGGACCCAGUCCCGGAAAGCCUCCUUCUCUUCCGUCCCCAGGCCUCGGAUCCGGUGAGAACCCCUUACGAGCCCUCGGCCCUAGUGCCGACCCGUCUCUGUGCCUCCAGGGGCGAAGCGGACGCGGGGAGGCAGCGCGCCCGGAGUAACAGCGGGAUGAAUCCAGAGGAGGAGGAGGAAGAGCGCGAGCUGGAAAAAGGGGGCCGCCCGUUUGCCGGGCGCCUCCAGGACAGCCGCAGCUUAGACGGACUGAGCGGGGCGUGCAGCGGUGGGGGGUUGGGCGGGACAGCUACGCCCGGCGGCCCGGAGCAGGGGGCGGGCGGGGGACGCAGGGCCACCAUCUCCAGCGCCCUCGAGCUGGAGGGUACGGUCAGCAGACACGGGGACCUCACCCAUUUCGUGGCUAACAACCUGCAGCUCAAGAUCCGCCUUAGUGGGAAUCCGCAGCCUCCUCCGCAGCCGCCGCCCUCCCCCCGACCGGCCCCGGCUCCUGCACCAACCAUCCCGCCCAUAGAUCCGGAGGUACUCCGGGACCUGGAGCGGCUGAGCCGGGAACUGGGUGCCCGUGUGGAACGGCUGCUUCGCGGGCUCGGCGGCGCAGUGCAGGAGCUGACCGCGUUGAGCGUAGGCUGCAUCCAGACUUACCGAGACGCCGUGGACUCAUUGGGAGAGGCGGUGGACAUGAGUAUCAAGGGCAUGUACACACUGCUGGCUAGAUGCGAAGAGCUAGAGCGGGCCCUGCAGCCAGUCCAGGGAUUGGCCCGACAAAUCCGGGACAUUCGCCGCACUCUGGAAGUGCUGGAGGCUCUCUGCAAAUGACAGACUGGAGAGCGUUGGGGCCACCUUACACUUAGGGAAAGGGUGGUUUGGUAUAUGAUGGUGCGACAAUACCUCCAAUCUCCUGUCUCCUAACCUCAAACCCUUAAGAAAGCGGGGAGGGGGGGGGGUGGAGAGGAAGAGGAGAAAAAUAACUUCUCACAUGUAUCCAGUGGUCUUCUUCCCAUUAUAUGGGAUUUCUUGGGUGUUCCAGAUAAGCUCCUCUUACAGAUAUGUUGCAGGAAAGCUUUCUUGUGUUUUGGGGGUGGGAGUGCCUUCCAGAUGAGACCUAGGUCCUUUUUAGAGUGGUAGUCUAGUUCUACCCUGCCCCGCCCCCGAAGUGCCACUCCUAGCUGAAGUUUCAUCUCCUAGGGAGCCAGAUGAAACCUUAGGUAUGCUUUGGGACCAUGUUCGAAGAUAAAAAGACUUGGCUGUGAGAGGGGAACAAAAAAGAAGCUUUAGCCUCUGCUGUAACCACCAUAUUGUGGCAGCUAACUGGAAGGGCUAACAUGACAGCUGGUGAAACUUGAUGUCCUCAGUUAAACUUGUAUUUAAUGGCAAGGAAUGCCCCAGUCUUUCCACUGUUCCCCCAAAUUUUGUCUUCACCCAUAUAAGAUGUGCUUCCAACAAGGGUGAAGAGAGAAGUUUACUAGAUCCUGAAUAUUUGGGUUCCUGCAGGGAGUAAGACCUAGGUGUUGAACUUGGGUUCAUUUCUUUAGUAUUCAUAUGAGAACUGCUGAUUGUUCUGAACCUGCUGUGAAGUUUUCUGAUGUUGGCCUAUGAGCCAACAUUUUUGAAUUUCUGAGUUGUGUGGAAUUAAAAUGCUGCUGCUGUUAACAGUGAA